CUAAAUGAUAAUGGAAAUAAUCAGUUAAAUGAAGAGAGGGAAAGUUUUGCAAUUACAUCAUGUGAAACAUCGGAAACUUAUCCUAAUAACGAAGAUGGGUCUAAUAAUAAACGUUCAAAAAAAGGAAAAAAGCUUCCGAAUAAUGGAAAUAAUGAUUUAAAUGAAGAUAGAGAUCAUAUUGUAAAUGAGCAAUCAGAUACCUAUUCUAAUACUUUAAAUUAUGAGGAUAAUUCCCAUUUUACUGAAAAUUCAUUAUCUGCUGAAUCUUCUGGUAACAAUUUAUCACCUACGAGAGAUAUGUUAUCAAAUAGAAUGAAAGAUCUAUUAUCAAGUAGAACAAAUCAAAUGAAUCAAGUAGAUCAAAGUUUUGAUAAUGAAAAGCCAUCUGAUUAUUCUUCUAACUCUCAAAAUACCCAACAUUUUGAAACCAAUUUUCAUGCUGAAAAUGUAAAGUCGGGACAAGAUGAUUAUGGUCAGAAUAGUAACAAGAUUUUGUCCUUACGAAAAAAUGUUGCAUUAAGUAAGACUUUAGUGGAUUCGCCAAAAAAUCAAAAAGACAAAAUUCAACCAGAGAAUGUAAAUGAAAGUGAUAAUGUCACAGUACUUCAACACGAUGAUAAUGAAAAUUUUAACCCACAAUUUAGCGAGACCGACGCUAAUCAAGAUGUUAAUUUUGAAGAAAACAUGGAUAGUGUUGACAAAACUAAAUUCUCUAAGCAAAAAGGAAAAAAGAAGUUUACUUCAUUACAAAGCGAACAGUCUGUUCAGCAAAAAAUUAUUGAUAUGGGCGUAGAGCAUGAAGACUUGAAACAUGAUGACUCUAUUCAAAGUAAUAAAAAUGCAACUGGGAAAAGUGUGCAGCAAGAUUCUGUUCAAGAUGGAAAGUCCACUUCGCAAUCGAGUGGGAUUACAAAUAUUGUUAAGUUGAUUGAAAAGGUUCUUCCGAAAGAAAAUGGCGAUGACGUUAGAAUUGUGUUUUAUGUUCAUAUGCCAAAAAUCCAUGAUAUUGGAACACCAUAUGUUGUUGGUAAUAUAACAGAAUUAGGAGAUUGGGAGAAACUCACAAUUAAACUCACUGAAAAAAAAAUUUCUGGCAAACCUACUUCAUGCUGGGAGUCGAAACCGGUUCGCAUUCCACUUGCUCAAUUUGAAAAAAAAGUUAUUAGAUACAAAUAUGCAAUCAAGGAAAAGGGUAAAAAGAAGAAUAAACCUUUGUUACGUGAAGGAGGCGAUGAUCGUAUCCUUGAGGCAGACGGAGGUGAUAAAUAUGAGAUCUGGAAAGAAAAUGAUAGAAUCUCCUUCCCUAUAGAACUUAAGGAAAUUAAAGAUGUUUAUUUAGUGAAAAUCAUUUAUGACUCUGUGACUCCUGAGAACCUUAAAGAAAAGAUUAUGAAGUAUGAAAAGAUUAUGAAUCUUUAUCCGAAAUCAACGAAAGCUGCUACAACUAUUGAUUUUAUAAUGAAUUCAUUUCUUGAAGAUAAAUCCUUAGAAAAAAGACUUUUCUUAUGCGUUCUUUUGGGGUAUUAUGUGAAAGAAAGAGAUUCUCAAUAUUGUUCAUUACCUAUAGGAUUCCAGUCAUCUCUUGUUUUUGAUACGUUACAAAAUGUUACUGCUGAAACACUCCCGUCUGAUACUUAUAAAAUCUUGACACUAGCAAUUCCACUUCUGGUUCGACACAACCAUCUGGCUGAUUCACUCGAUUGGCUUAAAAUUUUUGGCGUAGCCAGUUUUAUUGACCCGAAAUAUGAAUUCAUUGAUUACAUUUCAGACUUUUACUAUAGUGAGAAAAUUAUGCCUAAUUUUUUUAAAAGUUUUAAUGAUUUGGUUACUCCAGUUAUUUGUACAAUUGAAGAUAAAGAAAUUUAUGCAAAGAUUAUCAAG